UCUUUACUGAUCACCUUCACUCUUGACCUACACUGACGACUACGACAAGUAUCACACUGACCGAUCUUGCGCCCUAUAAGGCACUGGUGUCCUAAUGGACUCGAACUUAACCCUCGGCACUUACUCUUGCUUUGUUUCUUGACUUCAUCCUUGCUUGUGUUGUAUUCUGUCAUUUGUACGUCGCUUUGGAUAAAAGCGUCUGCUAAAUGACACUGAAGAAUUGUAUGAACAGCUGUAUGCUAGUGACACAACUGAUAAAUAUUUUUGCCAAAUAGAAAAUUAUCUUUUUCCUUUCAACCACUAGGAUUUGUCCAUGAGGACGAUUUUAUGGUUAAAUUCUGCACUAUACAGUAUUUUUAUCAAAUUAUUGUAAUGUUAUUUAGAAUUGUUGGGUUUUCUUUUCUUUUUCUUUUUUUCUUUUUUUUUUUGGCGGGCGGGGGGUAUUAGGGUACAAUUAAUAAAAUCAAAAUGCCACUGAAUUUCUGUCCAGAACAAUAUAAUGUAAUUUGCUGUUUCAUAUACUACUGUCUAUUAUCCAUGUUGUGUUGGUCUUUGUUUCAUAUGUAACAGAGAUUAUUGUUUACACUACUACAACAUAGUAAAAUCAAUAUGUAAUCACUGUUUACGUGCUCUCAAUAGGUCACAUAUCUAACAAUUUGCACAUUGUCUUGCCAUUUGCUUCAACUUCAAUAAACCUGGUGUGCUUAACGAUGUGCCUGAAGGCAUCUUAUUAUUUCCUCUUUCACACAUCACAAAAUUAUUUGAUAAAAAGUUUGUAUGGAGAUCACCAGUAAAGCAUGAGUCGCCUUAUGACGAACUGCAGGGGUUGGUCUGACUAACUGAUUAUUUUGAGAUGUUGAAACUUUAUAAUUCUAGUUGCACUUAGUACACACACACACACACACACACACACGUACACACUGAAGUAUUUCAAAAGACAUAUCUCACCUACAAAGCUAUUAUUUGCGUUUAUAUUAUUUUUUAUUACAUAAUUAUUGCAUUUGAGACUCAAUCACACUGAAAUGUGAAGUGAAGUUAGUUUAAUGAAAAUCUGUCCUAAACUUGAAGCUUCAGCCAUAUAAAGACAGGAAGCAACUGGAAACAGCUAGUCUGGCUCUGUCCAAAGUUGGAUUUAAAAAAUUACCUUCCAGCCCCCAAAAGUUCACUAAUUAAUCAUUAAUAUUCAUAUAAAUGAUUUAGGUGAAUUGAAUAGAUAUAUCAUGAUAAUGAUAAAAAGUGAGUCUCAGUGUGAAGGUUCUGUGGUCUUAGACCAUGUUCUUUCUAUUUUAAUUUUUCCCUGCAUUCGCAUGGAUUUCCUUCAGUUUCCUCCCACAGUCUAAACCAUGCAGCUCAGAUAAACUGCAGACUCCAGUAAUGAAGAAAAUGGGUUGAUGGAUGGAUGAAUUUCUGCAGUCUGCGACACCUGUUAAGGUUUCAGUUUGCUACCUCCGACGUGGAAUUGUCCUCAAUUACAAAGUGUACUUUGGUACCCUGUAGAUAAACUUUGACUUCUGCCGCCGAUAUAAAACCGGUAUGUACCACUCAAGGAGGUUUGCAUCGAGACCAGCUUCUCUGCCAAACCUCCGCCUCAGUCAAUAAUUCAGCAAAUUACAGAAUAAAUCCUUCAUACGUGUCGAAGGGUAACUCCUCCCCAACUCAAUUAAAGUCUUUAAUACAAGCAGCAUGCGAUAACACAGCAGCCUCUGCUUCUCUCUUCAACUUGAUCUGCAAACAACAUGAGGACUCUUCAGGAGAAAAUCCUUGUUGUGUCAGUUUUUCUGUCUCUGAUCUGUGCCCUUCAGGUCGAGUCGCUGCCGGUACCUGACGACUGGAAGACUGGUCUGAUCCAGCGGACCAAACGGUCCCUCCUGUGGCGUUGGAACAGCAUGAAGCCUGUGGGUGCCAGCUGCAGGGAGCAUCUAGAGUGUGGGACAAAAUACUGCAGGAAAAAUAUCUGUUCCUUCUGGAUUUCCACCUGAAGAGGGGAUACACAAACAAAUCUCCAUCAGGGUGACGAAACAAACAUCUGGACCAAAGCGACCUGUCUCUAAAUGAACCCUGUAUGAAAUGAUUGCUCUAAUAUUCUGAAGACCUGCUGGCACUUUAUGGGACUUUAUGCAUUCAGUUAAAGUAAUCUGAUCUGGCACUGCGCUGCAGCAAAACAAAGCUAUAAAUGCUGAACACAUGAACAGUCAAAUGGCUCCAUCUAGAGCCAUUUUGAUUUUUUAUAAUUUAAUUAGUCUAAAACACUUGCAGGACAUCAAACUGGACACGAUGUGUAAAAUGUUUUAAAUAAGAAUAAAUGUUUUAAAUAAGGAAUUGUUUUAAUAACAAAAUAUAAAUAUUCAUACAAAGUUUGUGAGAUGCUCUGAGUUUAUUGGUUGAUGUUAAUAUAUUUAUUUGUACAUAUUGUAAAAAGAAAUGUAGAUAUUUAAAUAUACAUACCAUUUUUACGAGGUUGUACUGCCCACAUUUUGUUUGUCUACGAGUUAAAAGCAAAUUAAACUAUUCCUCACAGUUCCUGCUACUUUUUUUUAAUGCAAUUGAUCAUU